UGUGCGAGAGAUAGGUCUAAUCUCCGUUCAACCGCAACUCCCAAAUGCGAUAAGAAAAACAAAUAUAGUUUGUCCGAACCCCAACACAAAUCGAAAAUGCAGUCCAUGAAAGAAGCCGCCUCAAACGUCGCUGCAUCGGCCAAGUCCGGGAUGGAGAAAACCAAGGCGACCGUGCAAGAAAAGGUGGAUAAGAUGGCCGCUCAUAGUGCCGCUGAGAAGGAAAUGGCGAAGCAGCGUAAGGAGGAGAGGAUCAAUCAGGCAGAACUCAAGAAACAGGAGAUCCGCCAACAGAAUGCUGCAGCAAAACAUACAGGCAGUGGAGUUGCCGGUCACCCAACCGGGCUUUACGCGGGCUCUACACACACUGUGAACCCCCAUGGGCAGGUACUCUAAGGUACUGUUGGGACGUCGUACCCAAUCGGAAGCCGGAAGCAACGCGAGAUUGGGCGGUGACACUCAUACUUAGAAACGGCAACGGUGGGGCUUGAAGUUAGAAAGGGUGGUUACUGGUUAGUCGCAAUGGUCUCUCUACUGUAAAUUAACGAAUUUACUUGGUAUCAAUGUAUCAUUAGUAUUAUCUGACAAAAAAAAAAUGUAUCAUUAGUUUGUGUUGUAUUCGGUGUCCCUUGUUUCUUCCUCUGUUAUUUGGGAGUGAAAGCUAGUGAUAUGCUGUCGUUGUCUGUGUAUUUGUAAGCUAGAAUUAAUUCACCGUUAUAUUUGAA